UACUCGCAACAUAGAUAUUUAUAGCAUUUAAUCUGGAACGGCCCUAGCUAUAUAUAUGGUGGCUGUUUUGAUACAUGAAUGGCGAUGGUUAGGCUAAAUUAAGUUAUACAUCGUUGUUGCACUAGGAAAUGUCAUUUUAAUGUAGUCGAGGUGUAGAAUAGAGUAAUUUCUUUCCAGUUAUCUCUCUUGACAUGUUUACUUAUUACUCAUUGUCAAAUGCAUCAUUAUUUUUUUGUAAAUACAUGUAGUACAUCAGAUGUUUAGUUAAACUUAUAGAAAAAAACAUAAACAAACAUAAAUCAUGACUGAAGCGACAGUAGCGUACAAUUUCCUCGGCAAGUCAGGAGUUAAGGUCUCGAACCUGUGUUUGGGCACUAUGACAUUUGGCGACGGGAUGAUGCCAAUUCCAACCCAGCUGAAUGAGGAAAUGUCACACAAGUUGAUGGACAGAUAUUCUGAACUAGGAGGUAAUUUCCUAGACACCGCUGAUAUGUAUGGUUUCGGGGCGUCGGAGCGAGUUGUUGGCAGUUGGCUUAAAAA